UAUUUCUUUACCUGGCUGCUGCUGCCAGUGCUGCUUAUUCAGAGGACACUUCACUCUGUUUUCCGACAUGAGAAAACAAGUAUCAUUUGCAGAAAGUCAGAGGAUCCACAGGCUGCAACAGGAUGAGGCUUUACAAAGGAGUUUUGGGAUGGAUGCAUCAAAAAUGGCAUUGAAAGAUCCCAAUGUGAACCUCAACAAUGGUUUGAAAAUCAACAGACCAGCGAUUGCAAGAUGUGAUUCACAACACCAACAUGUGACAACCAUAAAAAUCCCCAAAUCAUUAACUGCCGGCCCACAUCUGAAGCAUGCAGCUCUGUCUCCAGCUCAGAGGAAGUAUCUGUGCAGCGUGGCAGCUUCUCACAGCGCGGCACACGUCCGUCAGCUCAUCACCCAGCACUACAUGAACGUGCUGCACAGGUGUAUACCAGCAGACGGCAGCCCUGAAAGAGAGGAGCUUGUUGAGUCUUCUGUGGCUGAUAAGAGAGAUAAACAUCCACCAGAAGUUCAGUUGAGGGCGAAACACAGGAAGAAGAUUAAAAGUGGUGCAAAGAAUUCUGGGAGAUCCUGUCAUCCAAAAACCUCAAACAAAAAAUCCAGGCUUUCCAAGAAAUCAGCAUCAAAACCAACAAAGACGAACAAACAUAAAACUAAAUCUCCCAAACUGAGAAGAAACAGUCCAGGAAGGGCCAGGAUCCGGCUUUUGGAUGAGGAAGAGGAGGAAGGACCAGAAGAUUUCCUGAGUGACUGUUUUAGUUCACUCUCUAUGGAAGGAUGACACCUUCUCAGAUUUAUGACAUUUCUAUUGAAAGUCUGAGUUGUCACAAUAACAUUUUGUGUCAAAAUAUAAGAGUAAUAUUUACAUUCGUAUAGCCCCACAUAAAGGUCAACUGAACUCCUGAUUAAUCAUAAAUAAUCAUCAUAAAACUUGGGGAUUUUAUACAAGUAAAAUACAGAAUCGUAACACUUUGUGAGUAGCUCAGUAUUUGUCUCUAAAACCUGCACCGGGUGGUUUUGUGCUUUGGGGCCCCCUAGUGGCACAGAGAGAACACUUGUUCUCUGUUUCCAGGAAAUCACGUGAUCAGUUCUUGAAUUUGUGAAAUAUUAGGAUCACAUGAUCACAUCUCAUGGCCUGACCUUGACUGACCUCUUUGAAAGUAAAUCAUUUACAUGUUAGGAUUAUCUAUAGCGAACAGCAACAUUUACAGGAUUCUUUUUUAAUUACAUUGGACUGAAGCCAUUUAGAUAUGUUGCACAAAGCCAGCUCCAUAAAUAAAUGGAAGACUUUGGUCUGCAUUUAACUGUUAACCCGAUACAACACCUUCUUGGAUAAUACAACCCAAUAAUGUUAUAAUUCCUGAUGGUUUCUCAUCUAAGAUCGAGUCUGUUUAUACUGGAUGAUUCUUGCACAACAACCAAUCAACAAGGGUGCGAACGGGCUCAAUGCAGGCAGAGGGAUUUUAGUAAUCCAUCUUUGCCUGAUAACAACACAUCAGUUUUCGUCUGUUUUGAACGUCAAACUCUGCAUAAAGUUUUACAUU